AUGUGGAACAACCUGGAUGCAACAGAUCUUACAUCAACUGCGAACAGGAGGUGACACGGAAUAGCUAGCAAUGAAAUAUUCCCAGAUAAUUAUAAUAUAUUUAGGAAAGAUAGAACUACCGACCGCCACGGGGGCGUUUUUCAGGCCGUAAAGAAAGAUAUCUUAGUUACUGAUCGCUCGGAGUUUGAUACAGAUUGUGAAAUCGUAUGGACACAAUGUCAAAUUAAAAGCCGGAAAUCAAAGUCUAUUUUCUUUGCUUCAUAUUAUCGGCCGAAUAUGACAGAUAUGGUUAGCCUUGAUGAACUGAAUAAUUCGCUUUUCAAACUAUCCGAUAAACUGAACAAUCACCAUGUGAUAUUGGCUGGAGAUUUCAAUGCACCUAAUAUCGAUUGGAAAGAUUAUGCUCCAGUAAAGGCUUCUGUUCAUUCUGAUAGAUUGCUCGAAAUUAUAAACGAACAUGGACUUAACCAAAUGGUUAAAGAGCCAACAAGGAGUCAGGGAGAAACACACAAUAUACUAGACAUGAUCUUUACGAAUAACGAAAACAUUAUCAACAACGUCAAAGUACUCCCGGGAAUUAGCGACCAUGAUAUUGUUUAUUUCCAGGUUAAUUUAAACUGUAAAAAGAAAAGGCAUGUGAAGCGAAAAAUAUUCAUCCGGAAGCGGGCAGACAAAGAGCUAAUACAGCAAAAGCUACGUGAGUUGGCUAAUAACUUUGAGUGUUCAGUGAAGCAGGAGUCCCUUGAUACUAAGUGGGAUGCGUUUCAACAAGGUAUUCAAAACAUAAUGAAUUCUUGCAUACCAUGCAAAUACACAUCAUCUCGUUAUAAUCUGCCCUGGUUUAAUCGUGCACUUAGGAGACAAACCCGAAUCAAACAAAAGUUAUAUAACAAAGCUAAAAAGUCGGGAAAAGAAAUUGCCUGGUCUAAGUUUAAGACGGCUAAGAAACAACUGAGUAAGAACCUGAAAAGAGCUAGGGAUACAUAUUUGUCUGGUUAUUUAACUGAUACUAUGCAAGAAAAUCCUAAGGCCUUUUGGUCCUAUAUUAAGAGAUUACGACAAGACAACCCGGGCGUUGAAGAUUUUAAAAUGGAUAAUGAACUCAUUAGCGAUGCCGGUUUAAAGUCUGAGGUACUUAGUAAACAAUUUGCUAGUGUUUUCACGACAGAAAAUGUCGAGAAUAUACCAACUCCAGGAAGUAACUUCACGCCUGCCAUUGGUAAUAUUGUGAUCACGGUGAAAGGAGUCGAGAAACAACUAGCAUCCUUAGAUGCAAAGAAAGCAAGUGGACCGGAUGGAAUUCCACCAUGGUUUCUAAAAGAAAAUGCAAGUCAAAUAGCACCGAUUCUGACAGAUAUCUACCAGGAAUCAGUUAGUAGCGGUAGCUUACCUGGCAAAUGGAAAGAAGCCAAUGUAUGUGCGGUAUUUAAAAAAGGGAAAAAGUGUGACCCGGGAAACUAUCGGCCGAUAUCUUUAACCUGCAUCGCUAGUAAGGUUUUAGAACACAUUGUGCAUAGCCACUUAAUGAAGCAUCUCGAAAGGCAUAGCAUUCUCAUUGAUAAUCAGCACGGCUUCCGGGCUAAACGAUCCACAGAAACUCAACUGAUAUGCACUACUCAUGAUAUUACUAAUGCUAUUCAACAAAACAAACAAGUAAAUUUGGCUAUUUUAGACUUCUCAAAAGCUUUUGAUAAAGUCCCUCAUUAGAGAUUAUUGACGAAGUUGGAAUACUAUGGGAUCCGGGGUCCACUCCAAGAAUGGUUUAAGUCGUUUCUUAUAGAUCGAAGUCAAGUUGUGGUAUGUGAUGGCGCGACAUCAACUCCUAUUACAGUUACUUCUGGCGUACCGCAGGGCACAGUUCUUGGUCCUGUUUUGUUUCUACUGUAUAUAAACGACUUGGCUGAAGAAUUGAAAUCUACUGUAAGACUGUUUGCCGAUGAUGCCCUGCUGUACUGUUUUAUUGAAAGUGAUGUAGAUGCAGAUUCUCUCCAGGCUGAUUUGUGUAAAUUAGAGGAGUGGCAAGACCGCUGGCAAAUGGAGUUUAAUUCGACCAAGUGUAAAGUGAUGUGCAUUACAAAUAAAAAGAAUAUCAUAAAGAAACAGUAUAUGUUCUGUGGCCAAAUACUGGAAGAAGUCGAAAACCAUCCAUAUCUCGGGGUGAUGUUUGAUAAUAAAAUGAAAUGGUCAUCUCAUAUAUCUAACACCACUCGGAAGGCAAAUGUCAUAUUACAUGUUAUCAAGCGGAACCUAUGGAAUUGUCCAAGAGAUGUCAAGGAAGUUGCUUAUAAAAGUCUUGUAAGACCAACGCUUGAAUAUGCGUCUACAGCAUGGGACCCUUACUAUAAGAAAGAUGUUGCUGCUGUUGAAAGAGUUCAGAGAUCAGCGGCACGAUUCUGUUUAAAAAAUUACGAUCGGACAGCUAGUGUAUCAGCCAUGACGAAAGAGCUGGAUUGGGAUACAUUGGAAACAAGAAGGAAACGUACGCGCCUAUGUAUGAUGUACAAGUUAAGUCGUGGUCUACUUAACUUGAACGCGGAAAACGUGCUGGUUCCAAGUCAAGAAACAAGAACACGAAAUAGUCAUACGUUUAAAUAUAGAGUACCUCGAGCUACGAAGGACAUUUUUAAAUAUUCUUUCUAUCCUAGAACGCUAACUGAGUGGAACAGUCUUCCUAAGGAAUUAGUUUUAUCAGAAACUCUAGAUACUUUUAAGAGUGAACUCAAGAAUUUUAUUAAGUAAUAUUUUAUUAUUGAUUGGUUGAGAUAGUUGUAGUUAGGUUUUUUGAAUUUGUAUUAUGUAUUGUUAUAGUUGGUGCGAUAAUCGUCCGAUUUUUACCGACUUAAUAAAAUGUAGAUGUAGAUGUAGAUGUAGACAUGGAUUAUGAGAAAAUUUAUGAUGUAGUGCCAUGGAUAGAGUCACCUUUCGAAAAUCAUCAUGACAUUGAUAAGAAUCAGAAAGCUGAACCCAGGUACUUUUAUUCACUUUUGUUGUUAAAUGAGGGAGGAAAAUGGAGUAGGGUAAAUAUUGAUUUUUUUUCAAGGAAAAAUCUCGGUAAUUUUACUUUUAACAGCGAAACAAUAUUCUACUCCACGUCAUUUACGAUUCUUUCACUAGUACCGUCUAUAUAUGUAUUGCAGUUCCCUUCUGUAGUAACACUGGAUCAAUAAUUGGAUGACCGUUUAAACGUGGAAAUUGAAGAAUUUAGUGACUUUAAAGAGAAUACUAACUUACGGCAAAAUAAUACGGUCAGAGCACGGCCGAAAUAUAAUUUUCACGGGUUAAAUCAAUUGUAGUUUACGAACUUCAUUUGCGUGAUUUCGAUAAUUUUAAAUAUAUAUUUUAUACAGUAAUCUUUAUAGUGAGUAGGAUUGUACGACAACUCCCUGCAAGACUGUGCUCCGUGCAAAAUUCCUGUCUGUUAUUUUCAUGAUGCCGCAACCUUACCAAAUGAAAAAAAACCCCACCAAACGCCACAUCCUUAACAAAUAGCACAACCUUACCAAAUACCGAAUUCCUAUCAUGCAAUCCUACCCAAACUCGCAACCUUGUCAAAUCCUGAUACCCUGUAGUUACGGCUAUUCUGUGUUCCCAAUACUAGGAUAGAACAAGAACACUGUGUUAACUAUUCACGGGUAUUGUUGUUAUAAAUGCAAAUACGAAAGAUAGACAAAGAUUUGGUUAUUAGCUUCUCUUUUAAGAUUUGAUGGAUAAUCUGAACUUUUAGCAGUAUUGUUAAAUAUACUUGGUUUAAAUCUGUUACAUAAUAAUAAAAGAAGGUCUGACAGUGGGAAAAUCUGAUCAAUCCAACCAUUGUUCUGGAGUAAAGGAGCAAAUGUCACGAACUGUAAAUAGAAUUAAGUAGUUAGAAAACUGAUUUAUAACCAUAGGUCCUUUGAGAUCGUAGAAAAGUCAAGAACGUCAUUUAUAUCUCAUUUGUGUCGGUUUUCUUUGAUCGUCCGAGGUUUAUAACUAGCUAAUAUACAUUGAAUAAAUAAUUACAUCAAACUUUUCGACAAAACGCGAGAAUUUUUCAUCAAAAAUUUUUCAAAAUGACAAAAUAUGUUAGAAAACCUCCACAAAUGAGAUAUAAGUUAGUUAUAAACCUCGAAAGUCGGUAUAUAACUGAUAUAUUGCCCUCGGACGCUGCGCGUCCUCGUGGGCAAUAUAUCAGUUAUAAACUUCCUUCUCGGUUUCAUCGCUAGAAAUCUCGGACAUUUGAAUCCCGAAACAUCCCUUACGUCUAUGUCCCUUAUUACCUCUUUCGAUCCCCGAAAUUUAUUAUUCUAAAUAUAACUAAAAGCAUUAUUAAAAGGAUUACAAAAAGGAUUAUUACAAAAUGUAAUCAUACUAAAAGGAUUACAAAAUGUAAACAACCAAAAAACAGAAGAAAAGAAGGCCUACUCUGGGACCUAAAGUCGCCGUAAUUUUGGGCGACUUCAAGCGACUUAAGGCGACUUUAGGAAAAUGGCACGAAAUCGAGUGGCAAUUUUGGGCGAUUUUAGGCGACUUUGGGUGAUUUUAGGCGACUUUAGGCAAAUUCGAGGACAUGUCUUAUUGGCAUUGGUUGAGUUUAGUCUGCUCAAAAGAAAUCUCAUUAGACUCUGACCAGUUCACUGAAAAAAUUAUCUUAAAGGGGGAACAUAGUUGCGGGAAACACUGAGUAUUUUCAUAAAAUACAAUACAACGGUAACUCCAAAUAAAGUAAGCAUUUUUAUUCAACGUUUCGACUUUAUUUAGUCAUCAUCAGGAAUGAUUAUAUUACAUAUGCAAGCGUUAUAUAUACUCUAUUUAAUUUGAUAGUAUUAAAAGAAAACCGAUUGUUCUCUUGAAGUUCUUGAUGCUUUAGUGCCAUGAUUAAGUUCUGGUUUUUGUCUGUGAAUGGCGAGUUCUUUGAACAGCAGAUAGGGCUAAGCACUGGUCAAAUCUGCUGUUCAAAGAAGCAUUCCCCAUUCAUAGACAAAAACCGGAACUUAAUCAUGGCACUAAAGCAUCAAGAGAACUAUUAGUUUUCUUUUAUUACUAUCAAAUUACAUAGAGUAUAUAUAACGCCUGCAUAUGUAAUAUAAUCAUUCCUGAUGAUGACUAAUUAAAGUCGAAACGACGAAUAAUUAAAAAUGCUUACUUUAUUCAGAGUUACUGUUGUAUUGUAUUCUGGGGCACAUAGAUGAUUUAGAUUUUAAUAAUUAACAGUAUACAAUUAGUACAAUUCAAAUCGUAUAGUACUAACUAUUAGUGACAUUAAUAGUGAUCAGUUUAAUUUUCAAGAUCAAAGUGUCAGUUAAAUCAAAGUGCUCAGUUUAACAGCAUUUUAAUUAACCUUCAAAAAACAGUAAAGAAACAAAUAAAUUUUUAAUAUGAACGAUAUUCCUAAACUAAAGGCAAUACUCGUGAAUUUUACAAAUUAUAUUUACCUAUUUCUUAAUGAUUCUAUUUGCACACCCUUGUCUUUGGUCUGAUCUUUUAAUACUGUAAUGGGUAUACAUUUCAGCCAUUUCAACCUGCCUAAUAACAUUUGUUGCUGGAGAAGGCCAAUUUUGCACUCAAGUAUUUUAUUUGCAAUCCAUUCGAACAAUUUUGGCUCGAUCCAUAGAUAUUUUCUGUAUUUCUUUCAUGGUUGUAUAAAUAUUCGAAAACAAAAUGUAUUAAUGUAAUCUAGAUCUAACAACCGUGAUCUAACUGAUCUUCAACGGCAACUGGAUUGCAAAAUUAGGUUAGGUUUACAUGAAAUACCUCGUAUAACAACGCAUGCCAAAUACCGCGGUUUCGUUAUCGAUCGACUUUAAGUUAUGCGACAUAAAGUAUUAAAUGUUUCAAUAUGGCGGCCGAACCCAAGCUGCCGAACACAUUCUGCAACAGUGUCUGCAACAGGUUCUACAUUUAGUCACUAGUAUCAAACAUACUAAACACUGGAAUAGAUUUAAUCAAGCUUGUUGUUGUGGCAUUCACAUCAAAGUUGAAAAUCGCGCGAUGCUGGGACAGUUCGAUGUACAGCAGUAAGUGUAAUUUUAAAAUACUGCAGCUUCACAGUUCAAACUGUUGACCGAUAUAAUAAUUUGUAUAUUAAAUAAUGCAUCGAUCAAUUCUUGCGGUAACCCCCCCCCCCGGGCAAUAUCCCCAGGAUUUGUAAUUUUUUUGCAAGAAUGUAGUAAAUUCCCCACCUCCGGGACUUUAAAACUUGACAAUUCCCCACCCUGGGGCAGCGCUAAAAAACUAAAAACAAGAUAUCACUAAGCAGUUUAUAACACACAUUUUUAAUAUCCUUCAUAUAAACAUAUUUAAAAUUUGAAAAGUGCGUUUAUAUAUACUGAUUAAAUACUUGGUAUUAUAAACUAUAGUCACUAUAACACGAUUAUAUAAACAACUGCUAAACACGAAGUAGUCGCCAUUUUGAAAACUUUUGGACGUGCACUGUACACAUGUCACUAUAUACAUGUCACUGUACAUAAACUAUAUACAUGUCACUGGAUGGGCUAGCCGCUAGAUACGUGGUCAAAACAUGGUCCUGGAUGCGAGUUUUGCUUUUUACCACGGGGAAACCCCGGGACAAAAUUUUCUAACAAUUACCCCCCCAAUUCCCCUCAUUAACAAUCCCCCCCCCCAAUUCCCCCCUUCCCCAAUCCCCCCCAUUUUCUAACAAUUCCCCCCCGCCCGGUGGGGAGGGGGAAUGGUAACAACAAGAAUUGACCAUGCAUAAUUACUGUGCAUUACCGGAGAUCUGGAUAAAGAGCUGUAAUUAAGUUUAUAUAUGUUGAUCUUUAACAAAUUCAAAUUUGACAAUAAUUUUAAAAUGCUAACGUCUUUGGCUUUGCCUUUGAUUGAAAGAUUUGCAGUUGUAAGAAAUGGCAAUAGACAAUAUAUUUGCUUGUGGAAACACCAUCUACAGUAUACAAUUUUAUUAUUGUAUAUUAAGUUUUAGGGUGCAUGAUUUCGCACACAUAUAUCUACUGUAGAUUUCAG